AUGUCGAAUAUCGUGAAAAGUUGGGUUGUACGAGGCGAAGUGUCAUCAGUUUCAUCAAUUCGAUUAUGUACAGUCGGAAAAGUUGAAAAAUCGGUGUUCAAUUUCGAAUUACGUGACGACACUGGGGUGAUACGUGCUACGGCGUAUGGUACAACUGCAGAUGGGAUUCACGAUAAGCUGCAGAACGGAAUGAUUAUGCAGUUGCAUAAUUUCAAAAUAAAAGCUGUUAAUCCUGCAUUUAAUUCAACUGGCAAUGAAUAUGAAAUAGAAGUUGACGAACGGACAUUUAUACGUGAAGUGACCGAUUGCCCUACUGUCGAAGAAAAAAAAUCGUUACCUUUCACUGAAUUUCACGACGUACAAUCGAGCACUGACACUGACAUUGCUAUUAAUGUAGUAGGUAUUAUAAAACGCGUUGGCGAUAUAAAGGAGCUUCAGUCAAAAUCAUCAGCUAAAACAUUGAAGAAACGCGAUGUGAUUUUGAUGGACGAAAACAAAAAUACUUGUGUAGUCACCAUGUGGAAUGAUGAUGCAGUAGACUGGAAGUACGUGCCCCGUGAUAUCAUUACCAUCACUGGGGCAGGAAUCAAUGAAUUUUGCGGAUUUAAUUCCGUGAAGCUGUACCGCACGUCGGUCAUCAUUAAAGAUGCAGCGAAUGCAAAAAGUGUAAUGUUGAAGGGUUUAUUAGAUGAAUUAAUGCCACAGCUUUAG